AUGGACGCUCUAAUCCCUUUUACGACUUCUGGAUCUUUAGUCGAUUUGGUUGACAAAAAAGUAUUGGUGGUGCUGAGGGAUGGUAGGAAGUUGAUAGGUGUUUUUAGAUCUUAUGAUCAAUUUGCGAACUUCCUUCUCGAGUCGUGUAUAGAACGUAUACAUUUCAAAUUCGAAUAUGCAGAUAAGGAUAUUGGGGUGUUGCUGGUUAGAGGAGAGAAUGUGGUAGCUUUGGGUGAAAUUGACCUGAUAGCGGAAGAUAUGGUGCCGCUCCAAGAACGUUCGUGGAAUGAGGUUGAAGAGAAAAUAAAUGAUGAUAAUAAACGCCGUGAGAGGGAUCACGCCAUAAAAGAUAAAGUGUUGGGAUCGAUUGGGUUUGUGAAUGAAGGUAGGGAAGGUGAUGCGUAUUAA